CUCUGUCUUACUUUGUCUACUGAAUAGCAAAAUUAUCAAUUUUUUCAUAUACACAUCAUGUUAUAUUAACAAUAUUAAUAUUAUAAUAACUGUCAUCAAUAGUUAUAUAUUUAAAUUGAGGAUUAACAAAUUGAAUUAAAAACUUUUUUGAAUAAAUUUAAUUUGCCAAUCAAUUUAAUUUUUAUUAUAUACCUAUUAAAUUUUGUAUUGUCAAUAAAAACAGCUGUCAAAAUGCAAGGGUUACAGAUAUUUAAAAAAUUUUUGAUGCCUGGAGGUUUAUGUGCAACUAUUCCAGUAAUAAAAUCAACUCCAACACCACCAGAAAAACCAAUUGAAUGUAGUAAUCAUCAUCAAAUUGGUAAUGAUAAUGCUGUUGCUGCUAAUAAAAUAUUAAUACGACCAUCAGAAUUACCAAUUUAUGUACACAAUGUAACAUCAAAAGAACUUCCAUGUAAAGAUGAUAAUCAAUUUGGAGCAACAAUUUAUAUUGAACAAGGAUUUGGAAGUGUACGUAAAAAUAUUCAAAGUGUUAUUACUGAAUACAAACAUGUAACAGACACAGUCAAAGAUAAAUUAAAUACAAGCAUGGAGCAUAGCUCACUUUUACUUGAUUAUUUGAGAGAAGAGAACAAUAUGUUACCACGUAUUGGAGCUGUAGGAAUUGGUGGAUUAGCUGGAUUAAUUUUUAGUCUACGAGGUGGUAAAUUUAAAAAGGUAAUUUACACAACAACUGGUAUUAUAGCUGCAGCCAGUAUUUGUUAUCCAAAAGAAACUCAAAAUACACUUGUUGCUUCAAAACAUUACAUAAACAUUGGUUAUAAUUUUAUUUAUGGUGUAAAACCUGGUGAUGAAAAACAACUUGAAAUAUCUUGGCCUGAAUUUCCAACAAUUAAAAUACCAACAUCAUUUUCAGAAUUUAUUAAUUUAGCUAGUGAAAGUGGUUCUGCUGCUGUUGAUGAUAAUAAUAAUGCUGCAAUUGAUGCUGGUGAAUUAAAAGAAGAGAAAACCAAGCAAGCUGAACCAGAAAAAAAGGACAAAUAAAAUAAUAAAAUUCAAUAGUCAACAAUGGUGUACUUUUAUAAUACAUACGUAUAUACCUAAUUAAAAAAGAAAAACCAUCAAUAAAUCAUUGUAAAAAUUUUAGAAAUAAAAAUUAUUAUAUUGAUAAAA